AUGAAUGACUUUAUACUGAGAGAACCCAGACUCCUGUGGGGAGAAAGUCACCUCAUUAAGAGACUUGAGGAGGAGGCGGAGCGCAGGGCCAUCUGGGAGGAGACUCGCAUCCGGGUGAACGCCCAUAACAAGGAGGCGGACCAGGGCCUGCACACGAACUGGCAGGGCCUCAACCAGUUCAGCGACAGAAAACCGGAAGAAAGAAUGAAAGCCUGCACUUUCGUAACCAGGCAACCGGAAGUUUCGGAACCAGGCCUGGUGUAUUCGGUUCUACCCAUCUACCCACCAAACAUCAGCCUGAUUGUGGACGCAGCAGAGAACAGCACUGUGCUCCUGCUGAACUCUACAGACACUUCAUGA